UUGGCCCAACCAGUACCAGUUAUUGUUGAUGCCCCACUUGAGUUCCUUCUCUAUUACUGCCCGUGUGUGUUUACAACAGUAUGAUUGGUUGUUAUCUGGUGUGUAAAUUCACAAAAGGGAAGGGCUAUGACUGAAUGUAUCUAUUCGCCACACUGACUCGCUCACUCACUGAGUGUGAGUAAGUUCACAACAGAUGCAGAUGCAGAUGUGAGUGUGCAGAGAGGAAGAGGCGGUGCUGAGGCGGUUCGGCAGAGGGAAGAAUUCGUCCGGACGCACUAAGUCUUGUCAAACUGAAAGUCAAAAUAUCAGAGAGCGACAAGGAGCUGAAAUGCGAUAAAUGGAGUAGUUUGGAUGCUCCUGCGUUUCUGUUGCCCGUUAUUUCUGGAGUAAAGAAGCUGAGCACCGCAUCUAGAAGUCUGUGGGUCAGGAAGCUGAGCAUCCAGUUACAGAAGGAGAAGCUGAGACCAGGUCUUGGCAUUUGGAGAUGAGUUUGACAGCAGACAUGAAUCAAGAUGCUGACCUGCAGUGAGACCAGCGGUAGAAUGAUUCCACAAUCCACAGCGUGACACAUAUGCAUGGAAAGAAGCUGAUUGGCAAUGGUAACCAGGUAUCAUGGAUGACAGCAGCUCUGUCGGAGAGGAGCCGAUGAAUGAUGUAUCCGUUACGUUGGAACAGACUCCUCCAGAGCUAGCCACAUGCUCGCAACCUACAGGAUCGACAGUCAGCUUCCACAACAUUUACUACAGCGUGAAAGUCAAGAGUGGCUUGCCAUGCUGCCGUAAAACCAGUGUGAAGGAAAUCCUAAAUGGAGUCAAUGGUAUCAUGGGACCUGGAAUGAACGCUAUCCUAGGUCCUACAGGAAGUGGAAAGUCUUCGUUACUAGAUAUUUUGGCUGCGAGGAAAGAUCCUUCUGGCUUGAAAGGACAAGUUCUAAUUGAUGGUGCUCCGCAACCUUCGAACUUCAAGUGUAUCUCUGGAUAUGUCGUGCAGGAUGAUGUGGUAAUGGGAACACUGACAGUGAGAGAGAAUCUCCAGUUUUCCGCUGCUCUGCGUUUAUCAAACAGUAUCCGCAACAAGGAAAAGAAUGAUAGGAUUGACCAGAUCAUUAAACAGCUUGGACUGAUCAAAGUGGCAGACUCCAAGGUUGGAACUCCAUUUAUUCGGGGAGUGUCUGGUGGAGAAAGAAAGAGGACAAAUAUUGGAAUGGAGCUGAUCAUUGACCCAUCUGUCUUGUUUUUGGAUGAACCAACUACUGGUUUGGAUGCUAGCACAGCGCUCGCUGUCCUGCUGCUGUUACAAAGGAUGUCGAGGAAAGGCAAAACAAUUAUUUUCUCAAUCCACCAGCCCAGAUAUUCUAUUUUUAAGCUGUUUGGCAGCCUGACUCUUCUGGCCAAUGGCAGAUUGGUUUACCAUGGUCCUUCUGCAGAGGCACUGGAUUAUUUUUCUGGGAUUGGAUACACCUGCGAGCCAUUUAACAACCCUGCUGACUUUUUUCUUGACGUUGUCAAUGGAGACUCAACUGCAGUAAGCACACAAAAAGCUUUAGACAGUUAUCCAGAAAUUGCUGGUAAUUCUUCUGCUUUAAACAAAGAGACCAUGAUUGCAGAGAACCUAGCAAGUGAAUUCUUGAAAUCCAGCUAUUACAGUGAAAUUAUGUCUGAAUUAAACAAGCUAUCUCAGGGAAAUGUUUCAGGUUCUGAGCCUGUUGCUAGGAGGAUCACAUACGCAACAUCAUUCUAUCACCAACUGAAAUGGGUUAUUAAACGAUCCUUCAAAAACCUUCUCAGGAAUCCCCAAGCCUCUAUUGCACAGGUGAUGGUCACACUUGUCCUGGGGCUGAUUGUGGGAGCCAUAUUUUUUGGAGUGCAAGAUGAUAAUGCGGGUAUUCAGAACAGGGCAGGUGCAUUUUUCUUCCUGACCACCAAUCAGUGUUUCAGCAGCCUGUCUGUUAUUGAGCUGUUCAUUACAGAAAAGAAGAUUUUCAUACAUGAAUAUAUUAGUGGCUAUUACAGAAUACAUGCAUACUUCAUAGCAAAGUUACUUGUUGACCUGAUACCUAUGAGAGCAGCACCAGCCAUUACACUUGUAAUUACAACCUACUUCCUGAUAGGAUUAAAGCUACAAGCUGGUGCCUUUUUCACCACAGUGUUGACAUUAGCCCAAGUGUCCAUCACAGCUGCAUCUCUGGGAUUGGCUGUUGCAACUGGACAGAGCAUUCUAGCAGUUGCCAACCUGAUGAUUACUGUUAUUUUUGUUCUCAUGAUCAUUUUCUCUGGCCUCCUGGUGAACUUGCCGAGUGUGGCAGUCUGGUUGAACUGGCUAAAGUAUUUCAGUAUCCCACGUUAUGGCCUGACCGCUCUACAAGUGAAUGAAUUUGUUGGACUGAAAUUUUGCAACAAUUCUGAAUCAGUAUCUGUUCCCAAAGAAAGCAACCAUAGCACGAACUUCGAAAUGAUGAUAUGCACUGGAGAAGAAUUCCUUGCCAGACAAGGAAUUGAAGCAACUGAAUGGGCCUUGUGGCAGAAUCAUAUAGCAUUGGCUUGCAUCAUGCUUGUUUGUUUCAUGAUUUCCUUCUUGAAACUCCGAUUCAUGAAGAAAAUGUCAUAAUUAUGUAACUAGACACUGAUUCCAUUUCCUCCUUUGUUUAAUGUCCCAGGUCUUUCAGAAGAGAUCCCUAGCUCAUUCUGUCACAUAUGUUUUUGUUUCAAAGUUAGUAAAUUUUCACACUGCCCAACUGUGUGUCUGCAUGGAGGUGUGUGUCCACUUCUUUGGCUGUAUAUCUGUUUCCGCCUGUGUGUUGUUCUGUGUCUCUGUCAGUGGAAUCUUCUACUGUCUUCUGGUGAUAAGCAUGUAGAUGCGAUGAGCAUGUCAUAAGGUGGCAUGGUGGCAUAACUGAAUCUCUCUCCAGGAUUAAGUUCCUGGCAUCAAAGCCCAUGGUUGAACUUCCUGCCCUGUCUCUCUUUGAGCUCCUCAAGUGGCUAGUUCAUCCCAUUGGGAUCACUCAGCUGCAGGCAGGCCUGCUGCCAAGCAGUGUGGACAGAAACUAAAAUAGCGUGGCAGAGGGUGGGCGGGCAGUGUCACCUCUGACUGACAAAGGGACUGGAUAUUGAUAUGAGGGCCAACUUCCUGCCCUUGUUGAGCUGCCUGUAUUCCUCACUCAGCAGUCACCACCCUGCAAGAUCGCACCUUCACACUGCUUACUUUACUGAGUCACUCAGUCACUAACAGCAGCCACCACCUUUUUAGUUAUUGACCUGCAGCUCUCGUUAGGUCUUGAUUCCAGGGAAAUGCAUGAUUGUUGCCCUUGAAAGAGGCAGCACAGAUCUCUCACCAGCUGGCAGGGAGACCCGCACCACCCCCAACUCGAUUCUGUCCAGUUUGUCUGUCUGUAUGUCGCCAACGGUUUUCAAAGUCUUGUCUCGAAGAGGCUUUAUAUCUUCCCUAUUAACAAGAAAUGUCACUUGAUCCUACAAAAGCUGCCUUCUUUGUGAUUUGAGGUUGUAUUGAAAUCAAGGUUGCCAACUCUACUUGGACAUAAUCCUUAAAUUUCCCUUUUCCAAAGUCAUGUCCAAAUACCCCACUCUCACGCUUCACCAUUGGUUGUCCGGCACAUCCAUUCUUGCAGUGCCUUUACCAGUCAGAGAAAACAGACUCUUGGAUAUCUCCUGACUAAAUCUUUUUCUUUUUGUCCUGUCCAGUCUUUUUAUAGCUAGUGAACAAAGAUUCAAACAUUUUAAAAGCACAUUUUUUAAUUCUUUUGCUUUUUCUCUCAAGCAUUUGCUAAUGGCUGUGUCCGGGAAAAUACUCUUUAAUUACUGCAGACUUUAGGAUAAUCCCAGAGGUCUAGCACCCUUUGAUUAAGUGCUGCUCAUCAUGACAAAUGUUCAGACAUGUUUUGUGUUUCGAUGUCACUUUGGAAACUGUGUGCUGCACUACUGUAUAUAUGAGAGAAUGCUAUCGUUUUCCUUUUAUACUGUUAUAAUCUAAAAUAUUAGAGCUGUAAAUUGAAAAUGCUGAAGUGAAUAAAAGGAUGUUAAAUUUCGUCAUUAAUUAUAUAUUUUUGGGAAGUAUAUUUUGUAAAUUAUUUUGACAGAUUUAACUGAAAGGAAAUCACUGUUGGAUCAUUACAUUAGACAGUUAAAUAUACUGUGUGUUUUCAUGACUUUGGCUGAUAAUAUAGUGAAUGCAUGCACCUAGAGUGUAGUAUAAAGUGGCUACAAUUUUCACAGUGUCUGAAAUUGCAUAUUUGUGCAGCAUGUGCUUGUUUAAUUUCCCCAAGAACUACACACAUGCAAACAAUUCUCACCAACCCCUUGCUCACCAAGAAUCUGCAUACUUUUGCCUUAAUAAUUAACGAUGGGGAAAGAGGGGGCAGUGACAGAGUAUGAUCUUGUACAUCCUUCCAGUAUAUUUAUGGCAGGUAGUAAAGGGAGCAGGAGAGUCACCUGGUACAGAUACAGAUCAAUGCCCUUCAAGCUAGCAACUUAUUCAUGGAGAAAUAAACUAGCCCUUGAAGUAGGUAUAAGCACAUGCUUUGUCUGUCUUGUGUGCAAAGAAGAUAAAAUACUAUAACUGGUUCUCCAGUUGUAUCAGACCAACUGAAAAUUUCCAAUAUUUUCUGUUUUGUAAAACUUAAAGCUCCCAAAGUGGGUUCAAUCUUCUUGUGUUCGUUAUGCGGUGAAUUUUAGGGCAUAGUUGCAGAUGUACAAACAGGCCUUCAUGCUGAUUUGUCUGCUGUGGCGUAGUGGGUAGCAUUCUCAUUCUGUGUUUCGAGGUUGUGGGUUUAAGUCCCACACAAAUGACUUGAAUACAAAACUCCCGGUUGACACUCCAUUGCAGUGCUGUGGUCAUGCAGCAUUGUCAGAGUCAUUACUGAGGUGGUAACGCUGCUGCAUCAUUGCAGAUGUCAUCUUUCACAUUAAAUGUUUAAACCAAGUCCUGAUCUGCCAGAAUAAAAACCGAAAGAACUGCAGAUGCCACCCUCUCGGAUUGAUGUGCGACUUUAACAGAAAUCCCACUGAAGAAAAUAUUACCCGGUUGCAGCCUCAUUUAUUGUGUCUGGGAUCUGUCUGUGCACAAAACGGCUGCCAUGUUUGCUGUGUUCCAAAGGUGAAUACUGAUGAAAACACUUGGAAAAGUAUUUUGCAGCUGUAAGGUGUUCUGAUAUUCUGAAUUUGUGAAAGGCACUCUGAAAUUGCAAGUCUGUUUU